AUGGUGCUUAGUGAUUCGUUGAAGCUGCCCUCGCCUACACUUUCUGCUAUUGCUGCUGUAGAUGACUGUGAUGGAGAAGACCACCCCACGUGCCAGAAUUGUUUCACAGUCAAAACGCCCUUAUGGAGAAGGGAUGAACACGGUACUGUUCUCUGUAAUGCAUGUGGCCUUUUCCUGAAACUGCAUGGGGAACCAAGGCCAAUCAGUUUGAAAACUGACACUAUUAAGUCAAGAAAUAGAAAAAAACUGAACAAUAACGCGAACAUUAAUGCUAAUGCCCAUACUAACGACCCAAAUAAAAUAUUCAAAAGAAAGAAAAGACUACUCACAACCCAUGGUGGUUCAGUGCCCACUAACAACCCGAAAGUUUCCAUUUUAGAGAAAUUCAUGGUGAGUGGAUGCAUUAAGCCCUUAUUGAAACCGAAGGAAAUUCUUCCCAGUUCCAAAGAUUGCCCCACACAACGAGGUAAAUUCUCCAUGGAACCGGGCGAGCCCAGUGGGAAGAAUUACCUCUAUCAGAUCAACGGUUCGGAUAUAUAUACGUCGAAUAUAGAGCUGACCAGGCUGCCCACUUUGUCAACGUUACUGGAACCAUCACCUUUCUCGGAUGCUGCCGUACCGGAAAUAGAGUUGACUUGGAAGUUGCAUAACGAAGAAGAAGUGAUAAAAUUGAAGACGAAGAUAAGCGAAUUGGAGCUGGUGACGGACCUAUAUAAAAAGCACAUUUUCCAACUGAACGAAAAAUGCAAACAAUUGGAGGUGGAAUUACAUUCCAGGUCUUCAAUUCAAUCUCAUUCACAACAUUGA